AUGGGUUUCUCCAAAAAGCUGGAACUCGCCAAGGAAUCUGAUGCCAAGAAAUGGGUCAUCGCCGGAAUCGCGAUCCGCGCGCCUCUGAAGCCGGUUUCCACGAAGCCCAGAGACGGCGGCGGCGAGGACGGGGAGGAGUCCACCACGCCAACGGCGCGUGAGUCGAGGAUACCGGAGAAGUCCGCCUGCCCGGCGCCGCCGAGGAAACGGCGCCCGGCGUCGGCGUGCCAGGUGGCGAGGGAGUUUUUUAUUCCGCCGGAUUUGGAAUCGGUUUUCAUCCGCCGCCCCGCCGCAAACUGA